GCAUCUAGUUUUACGUCCAUUUCUCCUUGACAAAUGCCCUAAACCAAGGCACAUUGUUUAACAAGAGGUAUUGUAUUCGAGUAUGUUUGAAAUGCCUUCUCGGUGACAAUGGGUUGUCCAUCUUUGUCAGACUGCUCGCAUAAAGGCAUACGCAAGGUGUCGUGAUAUGGAUGGCAAAACUUUCUGGCCUAUUGGUCCGAUAGAGUCGUAAUUAUGGCGAUAUUUAGCGAAAAUGGACCAGUCAUUACUAAGGAAUGGGUCAAAAAAUUCUUUGAGGGGGAUUUUCAUUGGAAAUGGAAGAGGAUGAUGGCAGGUAAUCCUACCGGCCAAAUACAUCUCUUUCAAUAUUUUGACGGCUCCGAGGUGGCCCUCAAGUUUUGUGUACAAGAUGUCAAUGCUGGAAGAGGCAAUAGAGGCACGUCUUACUAUUACGACGGCGACUACGAGGACUACGAGGGCUACGACGACGACGACGACGACUACAGCUACGACGAACCGGACGCAGGAGAGUUACUAAGUAAUGAAAAGGCGUGGCUCAAGAAACUUCGUAGUUGUCCUCAUAUCAUACAGAUACUGAAUCUAUCCCCCGACGUUGAUCCGCUCACUGGUAGAAUUAUGGAACACCAAAUACAGGAUUGGAUUUAUAUGGAGCAUGCCGGGGACGUGAGCCUAAACCUCAUGGUAUUAAAGCAUAGAAUUAUGUAUGGGGGUGAACCAUUACCCAACCGUAUCCUCUGGGGAAUCUUCCUGUGUUUACUUAGAGCUUGUGUUGAGAUGGCCUUUUUCAAUGCUGAGAUAGACAACAAGCCAAUAGCCCUAGAAAGAACUUCUUUGGAAACCUUGAAGCAAAUACCUCCCGGCCUACUGGCCCAUAAUAGUCUCCGUGGCGAAAAUCUUAUGAUACCAGAUUGGAACCCCGAUCUGAAUGACCCCGAGCACAAUGUAACGCCUUUGCUGCAACUGAUAGACUUUGGCCAAGCUGAAGAAAUUUCACCUGAUGACGAUUUCUGGGGUGACGGGGGCCCUCAGGGCCGUGAUGGCUCCCGACUCAAUCUCGCUGACAUUGCAAUGGUUAUGCAGAUGUGUAUAUUACAAAACCCAUACGAUCCCAUAACUUAUCCAACCAAGCACACUGUCACUGUAAGGUGGGAUACCUUUGAUACUUGGGGAGCUACCCCGUUGGCAUUGUCAUUUGACGAGCUUACAUCCCGAGCUGUAGAUCCCGAUCUUUUGGCCACGGUUUUCUAUUGCCUAGCAUUUGACGUGAACAAACAGCCCAACCUCGUAGAAGUAGCCAUGUAUGCCCGUGCCAAGAUAGAGAAAGAACCCCCUCUUGAUGACCCCAGGGAAUCACGCAAGGCUGUUCGCGACAGAAUGCACGCAUUAGCAUUCAAUGCCGAAACAGAAGAGCGAGCCGAGGAUGAGGAUGAUUCCCUAAUAGAUGAAGCUGCCGACGAUGAAUACGACGACGACGACAAUGAUGGCAUAGACCACGAAGGUGAUAUCCAGAUGACAGGAAUAUAAAGACAACAAUAAUGCUGUAGACCAUGAAGGUGAUGUCUCAUAGCUAUGGAUGAUGCCACUACCAAAUAUGGGGUAAAUGAGGGAAUGUUUG